AUGCACUACACCUCUUCCGGCCUCCUUUUCGUGCUCAUGCUCCUCCUUCCUCUACCUAUUCUAGGUCUCCCGGAUCACAAAGACCUUACGGGAGAACGCUAUCCGAGUGGCACCCCUCCCGAUGGUAGAAGAACCCUCGAUCACCAAUUCGGCAUCAUACAACUCCCUAUUGAGGCGAGAGACGAAGCAUCCAGCCAAAGCAUUGCAUGCAUCGACCGUGACACUGCUAUUAUUUCUAUCACUGAUGGAGUCCUUAAGGACUCGAGUGGCAGGACGGGAUGUAUUGUUGCUAAUAGGCAAUUUCUGUUCGAUCAUCCACCUUUGCAGCAUGACUUGCUGUUCUCCGGGGGAUUUUCCGUGGGGAAGAAUGGGCUCCUGGCCUUAGGGAAGGAUGACGUUUUUUAUGCCUGUCCUUCUGAGAGAGGUGAGUUUCGCAUUUCUUCUUUUCCCGUGGUUUGAGGUGUGCGGGCUCAUUUGCGGAGCUGAUUGUGGUUAUGGCGGGUACCAGAAGGGUAUUCCAAGCUCUACGACAUGCGCAUUGCAGAUUAUUGCCGCCCCGUUUUGCUGGAGAUUGUGAAGCUUGCUCAUCGUUGAGAAGCCUUUUGGGUGACCGGUGAUGGAUAGACCGUGGUUGCCAUAUAUACUCUCCAGGAGAGGCUCAUCAAUGAAUACGAGCAGUUGGUGGUUUGCUAGGUGCUAUUGGAAGGAGGAUAUUAUUAAUGAGGCUGCUAGGAUUGUUGGAGAUUACGGUAGUAGCUACCACCUCGGUAGUUGUUUCGGAAUCCUAAGCUAUUGGUAGUGAUUGGGA